AUGCAGUCUGGAAUGCUGCAGGGCAGGAAUGUGGAGGACAAGCUGUCUGUGAUCAUUUUACCCAACAAAGAAAACCUGAUGAACAGUUCAGAAACUUGCUCAUCCAAGAGGCUCCACAGCCCCACCAAUAUCCUGCUGCUCUCUCUGGCUGUUUCAGACUGCCUGGUGGGAUUCCUCAUCUCAUUCCAGAUAGAGCUGAUAGAUGGCUGCUGGUAUCUUGGAGACAUCAUGUGUGCCAUUUACUUUGUUUUGGACUAUGCUAUCACAUCUGCCUCAGUGGGAACCAUGGUUCUUAUUUCUGUUGAUCGUUAUGUGGCCAUCUGUCACCCAUUGCACUACCCCAGUAAAGUCACGGCAGGGAGAGCAAAAAUUUGUGCUGUCAUUUGUUGGAUUUCUUCUGUUCUGUUUCACAGCUUCCUGCUGAGAAGUAACCUGCAAAAACCAGGCAGAUACAACUUCUGCUCUGGAGAGUGUGCAGUUGGUGUAGAUUAUGUUGGAGGAAUUCUUGACCUUCUGCUGUCCUUCGUUGGUCCCGUCGCUGUGAUCAUUAUUCUGUAUGUGAGAGUGUUUGUAGUGGUUGUGUCUCAGGCUCGAGCCAUGCAGUCUCACGUUGCAGCAGUCUCUGUGAGCGUCACAGCUAAGACAUCUGAAAUGAAGGCAGCUGUUAUACUUGGUGUUGUCGUGGUUGUGUUUCUAAUAUGCACCUGCCCAUAUUACUGUGUCACACUCAUGGCUGAGGAUGCUGGGGUCAGUGCUUCAUCUGUAGCCUUCCUUCUGUUUUAUUUUAAUUCCACAUUGAACCCUUUGAUCUAUGCCUUGUUUUAUCCCUGGUUUAGGAAAUCAGUUAAACUCAUUCUUACACUGCAGAUCCUGAAAACUGGUUCCUCUAACACUAAUGUGUUUUGA